CUAUCUAUCAUCUUCCUCAAAUCCACUUUUAUCGAUUCCCCUUUCCCCUUUUAAAACACAUUUCCUUUUUUUCUCACCGUCUCCUCGUUUAUACCAAACACUGUUCUUUACCUAAUCAUCUCCUCUCCCUGUCCGAAUCAUAACCAUAAAACACACACAGAUUGAAUGGGAGCUGGUACGACUGUGGGAGAUCGAGUACGGAAAGAUCUCUCUGAGAUUUCAAACAAACCGAAUAUUCCAACGACAAAAACCAUCGUUUCCGCCUCUCGGAAGAAGAUCCACCGGCGGAGCAAGAAAGCUUUGAUCUCUCCGGUGCAGAAGCUGUUCGAAACUUGCAAGAAAGUGUUCGCUAAUGGCAAAUCCGGAGCCGUCCCGUCUCAAGUACACAUUAACAUGCUUCGAGCCGUUCUUGACGAAAUCAAGCCUGAAGAUGUUGAUGUGAGCCCUAAGAUGCCGUAUUUUCGAUCUAAAUCUAUCGGACGGCCUCCAGUGACUUAUCUCCACAUCUACAAAUGUCAUAGCUUCUCGAUGGGCAUUUUCUGUUUACCACCGUCUGGUGUAAUCCCACUUCACAAUCAUCCGGAGAUGACUGUGUUUAGUAAGCUCUUGUUUGGUACAAUGCACAUCAAAUCAUAUGACUGGGUCGCUGAUUCUCCCCAGCCGAGUUCGGAUACUCGUUUGGCGAAAGUGAAAGUAGAUUCAGACUUCACGGCACCUUGUGACACUUCUAUACUCUACCCUGCCGAUGGAGGGAAUAUGCAUUGCUUCACCGCGAUAACGGCUUGUGCGGUUCUUGAUGUUCUUGGUCCUCCAUACUCCGAUCCUGCAGGACGUCACUGUACUUACUACUUCGAUCACCCCUUCUCAAGCUUCUCAGUUGAUGGAGUUGAGGUUGGGGAAGAGGAGAAGGAAGAGUAUGAGUGGUUGAAGGAGAGGGAAGAGGAGCCUGAGGAUUUGACGGUUACGGCGAUGAUGUAUAGUGGACCAAUCAUCAAAGAAUGAAUGUGUAGGAAGAAAAAAAAAGUCUCUUUUUUGUUGUUUUUUAACUUUUCUUUGUGUGGUUAUCGGGUUUCUGUUGUUGGGUUUUGUCUGUAUAUAAAAAGAAGUCUUUGAAAGUA